GCUGGUUUUACUUUUCGAAAACAUCCCCCUAAGGCCGCCAUAGCUAACGCCUACGCGAUCGGACAGCAUCAACAAGUAUCUACUCUAGUUUCCGAAGACACGGCAGCUGGGGUCCUCCAAGAAAAAUGUCAAACACCACAAAUAGCAAUGGCUUUCGACGGGAGUCUAGCGAACAAGAUGCAUUGCUCGGCGACUCUCGCCGCAACUCGGCCCAGCAUAAGCGCGAGGUGCAUUGGACGGGUUGGCCGGCUCAUGUCUGGCACCUGACCUGGGCGACUUUAUCGCGAGACUAUGUCAAUGUUUUGCUUGUCUUUGUGCCGCUGGGUAUUAUCGCGGGUGCGUUGAAAUGGGACAGUACUGUGAUAUUCACCCUGAACUUUUUGGCAAUUGUUCCACUUGCUUCGCUGCUGAGUUUUGCGACGGAGGAAUUGGCGGCCACUCUGGGUCAGGCUUUGGGUGGGCUCAUGAACGCGACGUUUGGAAACGCCGUUGAGCUGAUUGUUAGCAUUAUUGCUCUGAAAGACAAGCAGAUCCGCGUUGUUCAAGCUAGUAUGCUUGGAAGCAUUCUGUCCAACAUCCUUCUCGUCCUGGGUUGCUGUUUCGUGGUUGGCGGUAUCAAAUUUCCCGAGCAAUCGUUUAACACUACAGUGGCUUCGACUAUGUCGUCUUUGAUGACCGUUUCGUCCGCCUCACUGAUCAUCCCUGCGACUCUCUAUGCCUCAUUGUCAUCCGCCAAAGACCCCAGCCACAAGACUGAGAACAUUCUCUUUUUGUCGCACUGGACCGCUAUCAUCCUCCUUGUUCUCUACGUCAUUUACCUAUACUUUCAGCUCAAGUCACACGCCGAACUGUUUGAGGAAGUUAACAACCAGACUACUGGGGAUCCUGAAGCUGCAGGCGAGCAAGUCGCUGAGGAGGAAGAGGAACAUCUGCUGAACCCGUGGGCCGCCAGCGCUGCUUUGAUUGUUGUGACCAUCCUGGUUGCCAUCUGCGCCGACUAUUUAGUCGGCAGCAUUGACAGCAUCGUAGAGAAAACAGGAAUGAGCCGCACUUUCAUCGGUCUUGUCCUCAUUCCUAUUGUCGGAAAUGCUGCGGAACAUGUGACGGCCGUUGUGGUCGCUUACAAGGGCAAGAUGGAUCUGGCUAUUGGUGUCGCCAUCGGAAGCAGCCUCCAAAUUGCUCUAUUUGUCACCCCCUUUCUCGUCAUUUUGGGCUGGAUAAUGAAUGUGGAGAUGACACUACAUUUCCAUAUUUUUGAAACCGUGGCAUUUUUCAUCUCGGGGCUGGUUGUCACCUUCCUUAUCCAAGACGGCAAGUCGAACUAUCUUGAAGGCUGCUUGUGCCUGGGAAUGUACUUGAUUUUGGCGCUGGCGUUCUACGUGUAUCCAGACAACGUGAAUGAGGAUGCGCUUUUCCACGCCUUGAAAUAGUGGCACUUCUCGAACCCUGCUCUUUCCGCAGGCAUACCAGGUCUCUUUGCUCAACCGCCAGAAACACUAUGCUGCUGGCUGCUCGAUAUAUUCAGAUCUACUUACAUUCUUUCAAUUUCCUUCCUAUUAUUAUCGAUACGUAAUGCAAGCCGGGCUGCUUAGCUUUGCACUGCGGGUCAGUUAGUCUGCCAUAUAUACGGCGAUUACUUUACGGUUUCAUAGCUCUUUGACUUAUCAAUGCGUUGAUGCAAAAAUAAAAAGUGAACUAGAC